AUGAAUUUAGUGUAUCUUCCAAAUAUUGGUUUCAAACUUGACUCAUCAAAUGAGAUCAUUUUUAAAUGGGGUAAUGAACGAGAAGAAAUUAGACAUUUAUUAAAUAAUUCUCAUAUAGCAGAUGAUGAUGAAGAUUAUGGACAAAAACGAGAUAUUUAUCAAAAUGCAGGAGAAUUAAUGUUGUUAAAUUAUGAUGAUUCAAAUUAUUUGAAUGAACUUGAAAUACAUAAAGGAGUUGACAUAAACAUCAAUGGUAUUAUAUUAAAAUUUGGAGAUGAUGUAAAUAAUAUUCUGAAAAGACUUCAGUCGUAUGAUAAAUAUAAAAUAUUAGACGAUGAUGGUACAUUUUUAUUGCCAUCAAUGAAAAUGGCGAUUGGAAACGGGGCAUCAAUGGGUGGCGAAGACGAUAAUAACAGUCUAGAAUAUUUUUAUGCAUCGGCAAAUAUCGAUCAUUUGAUGGAAAUUUAG